UGACUUUUGUGAUUUUUCUGUGCCGUUACAAGCGGGAUGAUAGCUGCCUUAAUAAUGGCCGGGUGGUUAACAAUACUGACUUGCCACGUGCUUUAAGUUUGAUGCUUUUCUUAAUUGCUCCUUAUUGUGGCUCUCAACUCUCUAAAUUUCAAAUUCUAAAGCAAAAAUCUCUGGUUUUACAAACUAAUGGACUUUUAUGUUUUUAUGUUAAUGGGUGCCAACAUACUUCUUAUCUUCUCAGGAUUCUCCAACAGUAUUGCAGCUGAUACCAUCACUCAAUCCCAGUCCAUCAGUGAAGGCAGGACCUUGGUUUCCAAAGAUGGAAGCUUUGAACUGGGAUUCUUCAGUCCAGGCGGGAGUUCUGACUACCGUUACUUGGGAAUUUGGUACAAGAAUAUCCCAGUUAGAACUGUUGUUUGGGUAGCAAAUCGACACAAACCAAUCAAAGACUUGUCUGGUGCGUUGAUGAUAAACAACAGAUCAAAAAAUCUUGUUCUGCUCAGCCAGAAUACUAGUGUUGUUGUCUGGUCGGCAAAUUCGACAAAAGAAGCUUCCAGUCCAAUUGCACAGCUUUUAGAUGAUGGAAAUCUUGUUCUAAGAGAUGGGAAAGAUGAAAAUCCAGAAAACUAUUUGUGGCAGAGCUUUGACUAUCCUUGUGAUACUCUGUUACCGGGGAUGAAGCUUGGAUGGGACUUGAAGAAAGGUCUUGACCGGCGUUUAUCCGCAUGGAAGAACAUGGAUGACCCAUCUCCUGGAGAUUUCACCUGGGGAAUACAACUAACUAACUACCCUGAAGCAGUUAUGUGGAAGGGCUCGGAGAAAUUCUACAGGAGUGGCCCAUGGAAUGGCCUUCGAUUCAGUGGCGCACCAGAGUUAAAGGCCAACCCAGUUUUUGAGUUCAAAUUUGUUUCCAAUGAGAAUGAGGUAUUCUACACAUACCAACUCAUAAAUAAAUCAGUAAUCACAAGAAUGGUUAUGAACCAGACCAACUACUCCCGUCAACGCUUCAUAUGGAUCGAAGCAGAUUCAAGAUGGAGCCCGUAUGCAUCUGUGCCAAGAGACAAUUGUGACAGUUACAACCUUUGUGGUGCCUAUGGAAAUUGUAUUAUCGGUGAGUCACCCGUCUGUCAAUGUUUGAAAGGCUUCCGGUCUAAAUCACCAGAAACAUGGAACCCAGAGGAAUGGUCUCAAGGAUGUGUGCGCACUACUCAGUUGAGCUGCCAAGAUGAAGAUACUACAGAUGGGUUUAUUAAAUUUUCUGGGCUCAAAUUGCCGGAUACUACAAACUCUUGGGUCAACAGAAGUAUGAAUCUUAAGGAAUGCAGGAUCAAAUGCUUGAGCAACUGUUCCUGUAUGGCUUAUACAAAUUCAGAUAUCAGAGGAGAAGGUAGUGGCUGCGCCAUCUGGUAUGGCGAUCUAAUCGAUAUCAGACAGAUUCAAGGUGGGCAGGAUCUAUAUAUUCGAAUGCCGGCUUCAGAAUUAGAGGGGGGUGAGCAUAAGAGAAUGGUGGUGAUAGUGAUAUAUGUAGUUGCCUCUGCCAUAGUUUCUGGGAUGCUAGUAAUUGCCUAUUUCAUAUGCAGAAGCAGGACAAAGUUUAGAGAGAAAAUGGAGAGCAAUGUGAGAAUAGAUCAGAGCAUUGAAGAGGGAAAAGAAGACCUGGAGCUCCCCCUCUUUGACCUAGCUACUAUAGCUAAUGCCACCAACAACUUUUCAAUUGACAAUAAGCUUGGGGAAGGUGGUUUUGGAGUUGUAUACAGGGGUACACUAGAAGAUGGACAACAAAUUGCAGUGAAGAGGCUUUCUAGAAGUUCGGGACAAGGAUUGAAUGAGUUCAAAAAUGAAGUUAUAUUGAUCGCCAAACUCCAGCACCGAAAUCUUGUUAGACUUCUUGGUUUUUCCAUUCAAGGAGAGGAGAAAAUGCUAAUCUACGAAUAUAUGACCAACAAGAGCUUGGAUUUCUUCAUUUUUGAUCAAGCAAAAGGUAAAGUUUUGGACUGGUCCAAACGCUUCAAUAUUAUCUGCGGUCUUGCACGUGGGCUUCUCUACCUUCACGAAGAUUCUAGAUUGAGGAUUAUUCAUAGGGAUCUCAAAGCAAGUAACGUGUUACUUGAUAGCGAGAUGAACCCAAAAAUCUCAGAUUUUGGUAUGGCUAAAACCUUCGGAGGAGACCAGACCGAAGGAAAUACAAAUAGAGUUGUUGGAACCUAUGGUUAUAUGGCACCCGAGUAUGCCAUUGAUGGGCUUUUCUCAGUAAAGUCCGAUGUCUUUAGCUUUGGGAUAUUAUUGCUGGAGAUAGUAAGUGGAAAGAAAAAUCGGGGGUUUCACAAUCCAGACCACAGUCUUAACCUUAUUGGACAUGCAUGGAAAUUGUGGCAAGAAGGCAGACCAUUAGAACUGAUUGAUACAUGUUUAGAGGACUCCUGCACUGCAUCACAGAUAUUGCAUUGCAUCCAUGUCAGUCUCUUAUGUGUGCAGCUGCAUCCUGAGGAUAGGCCAAGCAUGUCGUCUGUGGUUAUGAUGUUGGCAAGUGAGAGCUCAUUGCCUGAACCUAAAGAACCUGGUUUCAUUUUGGGAAAAAAUUCACUCAAGCUCGACCAAUUCUCUUCAACAAAUGAGAUAACUGUUACGAGGUUAGAGGCUCGAUAGUAAAUCAUUCUAGUAUUUGUAUUGUACUCUGCAUAUUCUAUAAACAAUAUUGUUCAUCUGUAAAUUUGAACUUCACUGUUAUUUGGUUUACUUUUUGACAUGCUUCA